AUGUUUGAUGUUCAAAUCGAUCGACUUGUAAUAAAUCAAUCGAUAUUUUACAGUAUACUUGUAUAUCUCUUGCCAUUAGGGUACUUUAUUUCGUUGAACAAGAAGAAAGGGCAAGACAUCGAUAUGUAUAAAGGAAUCAAUGCCUUUGCCAAUCCUUUGAGGACUGGGAUAACACAUUUUUUCUCUACCUCUAUUAAAAGAACCGUCAACAAGAAGCUUACUUUUGCUACAGGUUAUACUCAAUUGAGAAAAAUGUCUUCCGUUACUGGUUUUUACAUUCCGCCAAUCUCUUUCUUCGGUGAAGGUGCUCUAGAAGAAACUGCUGAUUUCAUCCAGAACAAGGAGUACAAAAAGGCUUUGAUUGUUACCGACCCUGGUAUUGCCGCUAUUGGUCUCUCCGGUAGAGUCCAAAAAAUGUUGGAAGAACGUGGUUUGGACGUUGCUGUCUACGACCAAACCCAACCAAACCCAAACACUGGUAACGUCCUGGACGGUUUGAAGGUUUUGAAGAAACAAGACUCUGAAAUCGUUGUUUCCAUCGGUGGUGGUUCUGCUCACGACAAUGCUAAAGCUAUUGCUCUGUUAGCUACCAACGGGGGUGACAUUGGGGAUUACGAAGGUCUCAACAGAUCCAAGAAGGCUGCUUUGCCACUUUUUGCCAUCAACACUACUGCCGGUACCGCUUCUGAAAUGACCAGAUUCACCAUUAUCUCCAACGAAGAAAAGAAGGUGAAAAUGGCCAUCAUUGACAACAACGUCACCCCGGCUGUUGCUGUCAACGAUCCAUCUACCAUGUUUGGUUUGCCACCUGCUUUGACUGCUGCCACUGGUCUAGAUGCUUUGACUCACUGUAUCGAAGCUUUUGUUUCAACUGCAUCUAACCCAAUAACUGAUGCAUGUGCUCUAAAGGGUAUUGAUUUGAUUCAAGAAAGUUUAGUUAACGCUUACAACGACGGCUCUGACAAGAAGGCCAGAACUGAUAUGUGUUACGGCGAAUACUUGGCAGGUAUGGCUUUCAACAAUGCUUCUCUAGGUUACGUCCACGCCAUUGCUCAUCAACUUGGUGGUUUCUACCAUUUGCCUCAUGGUGUUUGUAACGCUGUCUUGUUGCCUCACGUCCAGGAAUUCAACAUGGAAUGUCCAAAAGCUAAGAAGAGAUUAGGUGAAAUUGCUUUGCAUGUUGGUGCCUCACAAGCAAUUCCAGAAGAGACCAUCAAGGCUUUGCACGCCUUCAAUAGAACUAUGAACAUCCCAAGAAACUUAAAGGAUUUGGGUGUCAAGACCGAAGAUUUCGGUAUCUUGGCUGAAAACGCUAUGAAAGAUGCUUGCCACGUGACCAACCCAGUUCAAUUCACCAAAGAACAAGUUGUUGCUAUCUUGAAGCAAGCCUACGAAUAUUAA